AUCGAAUUACCCGUUAGCCAUCAUUAGUUCUUCUUCAAUCAGAGCGCCAAUUCACAAUCGAAAAAACAGAUAAAUUCACAAUUCCUCUGCUUCACAAUUCAAUUGCUUCCCAAAUGUAUCUUAAUCGGAGAAGAUGACGGACGAAGAGGACACUCGAUUGGAUGAAAUUGCUGAUGAAGAUAAGCGACCUGCGACAAAGCAAAUGGCGAAGCGACCGAAGGUAUCACGUAAAUUUGUGAAGAAAGGUGAUACAGCACAGCCUAAAGAUGGAGGAAUUAACACUUAUUGUAAUGUGCUUGAGACCGUACGUAGAAUUAAAGGCGUGUUGAGAAAGGAGGAGCUUGAAGUCUUUAGAGGCACGGUUUUUGGAAAACUGUUGGAUGUUCCUGAAGUUAGAUGGAUUAAUAAUGGGCUCUUAGUUGGUCUGUUAGAAAGGUACAAGUUACCAAAGCAAGGAAUAACUGGAUGUAAAGAAAUGAAGUUCAAAAUAAAGGGGAGAAAAGUCUUGUUCACAAAGCCAGAGUUUGAACUUAUUGCAGGACUGGGAGGCGGAGGGAAUAGGAUAACUUUGAAUGAUGAAAGGUUGGGUGACUUCGGGUUAAGGUAUUUCAAUACGGGAAAAUCUGUUCAGCGAUGUCAUAUUACGGAUGCACUGCUGCAACACAACAGAGAUGACCCCGGAGUAGAAACUGAUGAUGUUGUAAAGCUAGCAUUGCUGCAUCUGUUGGGCAAUGUUAUGUUUGGGCACCAGUCAUGUGAAAGCCAAGGGAAAGUGCUGAAGAUGAUCCUUGAGCAAUUAGAAAGACAAAAGGGAGAUGAUACAGAGGAGAGGGGUUUUAAAAAGAUAGAUGAUGAAAUUGUCAAUGAGAAUGUUGAGAGUGAAGACAUGGAAAAUAAAAACAUGGGGAAGGAUACUAUUUUGGAAGAAGAUGGCACUGACCAUGGAUCUGUGGGAAAGGAUGACACUUCCAGACAUGAUGACAAUGAUCUUGGUCAUGUUGACACCACAGUCAUUAAUGAGGGAGAUGAUAAAAUCAAAGAAGGUAUGAGAGAUGAAAGAAGCAUUGAGACUUUGCCUAAGUUGUCUGAAACACAGUUCAGUGAUCAGUUCUUUGAACAAAUGGACAAAGAAGUGAAUGCUAUUUUGAAAGGCACAAUUGAAGGAAAUAUCUUUGAGAAGGAAGGUGGAUCUGAUAUGGAGCCCGCAGCUAAUGCGAAUUUCGAGAAAGUGCAGAUGGAUUCUACAAUUGAUGAACAAGGAAUCACUUUGCCUGAAGAGGGGAUGGCUAUAAAAGGGAAAUGUAUGGAUGUGGAUGUUGCAACUAAAGAGCUUGUUGAGCAUGUGAAAAUGGAUACGAUAAUUGAUGCACAACCAAUAAAAUACAAUGGAAAUGCUGAAAAUGAAGCCCCUUGUGUGCUGACACGUACGAGUAAGAGGCAAACUAAAGAGCCCCAAAAGCUCUCACUUUCAGGGCGAAAGGUGCAAAAGAAGACACAGAAAAUGAAGGAAGCUGUGAAGAGCAAGUUUGAAGUAACUCUGAGUCAAAUGGAAGUCGUGAUUGGACAAUUCAGCCUGAACCCUAAGGAAAUGCCCCCACAAGAAGAUAUUGAUAAACUUAAGACAUUCCUUGAAUGUGGUAUGUUGAAGAGGAAGGCCAGAACAGGAGUCAGAAAGAUUUAUACAAAAGGAGAUGAAAACAUGACAAAGAAGCCUAUCGUACUGGAUAAGUUCAUAAUCAGUAGCAAAACAUGGCUUUAUGAUCUCUUCAUGGAUCAAGAGUGGCUGGAUACACUUCAUAUAGAGGUUGGCAUGUUUUACUUGGAGGUGAAAAGAUUCAACUACAAGCUCACACAAACAUACUCAACUGUGACACCUUUUUUCCUGGAAUGUCUUAAGCGGCAUCAAGACGACAUUGACAAGAAAAUUAAAACCAAAGAAGAUGUUGGAAGCGUUUCAAACUUGACAGCUGAAGUGUUUGGUUUUGCAAGAAAUACAAUAGCAAUGAGGAAUGGAAGGAAACACCUUAUCUACUGCAAACAAGAUACCAUCAUGACGGUCUGAGAUGAUGCACAUGUCACUGCGUUCAAUAAGUGAAUGUUUCACAUUGCUUAAGAACCACAACCAAGACUCAUUGUUCUCAGCGUCACAUAUGCCAAAUGCUAAAGGGACAAUCUGUCGAUUAGCAUCUUGUGUGCAUGCAGUCAGCAGUGUUCCACGAAAGUAAGACUUCAUGAAAGUCCCAUCUAUAAUAAGAAUUGGAAAGCAAU